UAUGUAUCUGGUGAUGCGAUCAUCGUUUGGAGAGCAUGGGCCCUGUGGCCUGAUAACAGGAAAGUCGUCAUGCUUCCCAUAGGGCUGCUCAUGGGCUCCAUUGUGUCUUCAUUAGUGUGUGGAGGGCUCGAAAUUCGAGCGUUCCAUACCCAAUCCCUUCGGAUAGAGAAGAUUGGAGGCGACGCUCAGCUCGCGAGCUGGGCGCUGUCGCUCGCGACGAGCGUGGUGGCCACGGUGCUGAUCGCAUACAAAGCUUGGUUCGUCUCCAGUUUGCUUCGGUCAAAUAUGAGCGGCGGCGGCAUCAGGAGGUCAAAGGCCGGGAAAAUCAUGUCGCUUUUGGCCGAGUCAGGUGUCGUCUACUGCCUUGUGUGGGUAAGCCAGUAUACCACAGUCGCCACCUAG